AUGCGAUUAAUAACGACUCUCUGGGCAUUCCUUGCGAUAUGUUUUACAACAGGCAAUGCACUAACCAUAAUUGACUCCACCAUUGCCACUUCAUGCAUUUACUAUGAAAAACAAUUCAAGUGGGGUUGUUCUAAAAGUGGUCUUUCAUACAACUGCUAUUGUAAAAACAUCAAUUGGUUGCAAACUAUUACAAAUUGCGUCUACAAUGCUACAUCAAGUACGCAUUUACGUAAGCAUGCCUUCGAACAUAUAAUUAAAAGAUGUAAAAGUAGUGGCAAAGUCUCAUUAACUAUGGAACAGCUAUACAAAUACCAAGAAAAUGGAACUCAUUAUCUUGUUGACUACACCCCAUUGGCAAAAAAAUAUAUUGUAAAUGGGACUUUAAAAGUGAAUGAAACCGAUUUUGAUUGGUAUCACAAGAAAUUCAAGGAAUACACAGUAUUUGUAGAGAGAUCACAGUGGUUUGGUUGGGGUUUGGUAUUAUAUUGGGUUUUUAUUAUCUCGAUAGCAUCCAUUUUCAACAUCAAUAAAAGAUUGUUAGGUUUUAAAUUCUUACGUAGAUAUAAAAAUAUGAUAAAUAAAACCCUUUUGAUUCCAUCAAUGUUCAAGAAUUAUCAUGAUAGACCUUUCAUCCUCUGGAAAAUUUUCCCUUUCGAUUUUCCAACCAGAGACAGUGCCCUUGUUAUCACAGGAUUCACUAUUCUCACCAUUGUUUCUGUCUGUGUUGGCUAUAAUGUCACCUUACCACACCCAAAUUUUACUACUAGGCUCUAUGCAAACAUCAAGUUGAUUGGCUUUAGGACUGACCUUAUGGCCAUAUCACUUUUCCCAGUGAUAUAUUUCUUUGGCAUUAGAAACAAUCCAUUUACCUACAUAUCUGGUAUAUCAUACAGUAAAUUUAAUCUGUACCAUAAAUGUUGUGCAUAUGCUUGCACAAUUUUAGCAUUUAUGCAUACAGUUGUUUAUACAAUAUGGGCUGUUAAAUCAGAUACAUAUAGUGCAAGAGCUAAACGACCAUACUGGAGAUGGGGGAUUGUAGCUACAACUCUACUAUUUUUAUUAGUAUUCCACAGUAAUAAAAUGAUCAGAAAUUAUAUGUAUGAAACCUUUUUACUAUGUCAUAAAAUUAUGAGUGUUAUGUUCAUUGUUGCCAUGUACUACCAUAUGAAAUCAUAUGGUUGGAUGGGCUGGGUUUGGUCCAUGAUUGCUAUCUAUUCAUUCGACAGGUUUAUGAGACUAGUCCGCAUUAUCUUACAUGGUGGUAUUGUCACCGCAACAUUAAAAGACUGUGGUGAUGGCAUUAUUAAGAUGACAGUCAAGAAGCCUAGAUACUUACGCUAUAAAGCUGGCAGCUAUGCAUUUGUUUAUUUCCUUAGUUCCAAAUAUGCAUUUUUUUACAAUUUCCAAUCUCAUCCCUUUACUGUGUUAACUGAUCCAACUAAAGACCCAAAUAAUCCAAGCACGUUGAUGUUUUACUUCAAGGCUCACAAAGGUAUCACUCGAAAUAUACUUUCAAGAAUCUUAUCUAGUGGUGAAGAGUCCAUAAAGUGCAGAAUUCUACUUGAAGGUCCUUACGGUGCUCAACUACCUCAGCUUGUAAAACCACAGAGCAACAUGGUUGCUAUAGCUGCAGGUCUAGGUUCUUCAGCUGUUUACCCACACAUUUAUGACGUUUUGAAAAAUAUUGAUGUCAAUGAAAACGAAAAGUCAGAAUACCAACACAAGUUUAUAUGGAUCAUCAGAGAAAUCAACUAUUUGAAUUGGUUUCAUAAAGAACUGGAAUGGUUGAAAUCUAAGAACUGCCAAGUUAAAAUUAUUGUGACAGGCAACAAUAGUAGGUUACUUAAUAUUGACACUGAAUCCUCUUCUAAAUCAGUAAGUGAACAUUCGAGCAACUUAACAGAAAAUUUGAAUGUAGAAAAGUUGGGAUACAGACCGAAUUUACAAGAACUUGUAAUCAAAGAGAUCUCCAAAUCAGAGUCUAUAUCGAAAGAUAUCACGUUUGUAGGAUGUGGUCCUGCUGCUUUCAAUGAUGAAUUGAGAUCAUCAGUUGCCAAGAGCAUUCCAAAGGAGAGUUCCAUCAACAUAGAAUUCCAAUCUGAAAGUUUUGUCUGGUAA